UGCAUGCAGGGGUGUUCUGGGGAGAGGGCUGUUCGCACCCCAGCCAAUCUUCGUCUCCUUGAGUGCCAGAUGUGGACGUGUGUGCUGUAUCAUUACCUGGAUAGACCCAGUUUUAUACAGUAGGACUUGUAUUUGUGAAACAGUGUGUGGUCACACUGACAAUGCUGUAACAUGAGUGUUUUUUUUUUCCUUUCUUUAAUACAAGGCUGUGACACAGGGAAGCUCCUCUGAGAGAGAAUGGACUGUCUCUCCCUGGCCAGCCAAAGAUAACUUUGACUCGCUUGUGUCUUCAUUGCAUACCUUCUCUGAGUUUCCCAGUGUGUCUAACUCUGACAUGAGCCAAUCAGUAGCUUAUAUUAUGUGUUCAGCAAACAUGUCGGGAGACUACUGAGAAGUUUGGAAAGGAAUGCUGCAGGAGUAGACUAUCAAAGCCGCUGAGAAGCAGGAGGACUUUGUAUUUAGUUUCAAAUGGAAUUGAUUGAAUAACUGUAACAUCUCAGGUAGAAGCUGUGAAGUUCUGGCCUCAGUUCUCAGCUCCCAGUCCUCUAAUCUGAGAGAGAUGGACCUGAGUAAUAACAAGCUGCAGGAUUCUGGAGUGGAGCUGCUGUCUUCCGGGCUGAAGAGUCCACACUGCAAACUGGAAACUCUCAGACUUAGAUCCUGUAACCUCUCAGGAAGAACUUGUGAAGUUCUGUCAUCAGUUCUUAGCUCUCAGUCCUGCUGCCUGAGAGAGGUUGACCUGCAGAACAACAACCUACAAGAUUCAGGGGAGUUUCUGUCUGGUUCAGACUAUACACUGGAAAUAUUCAGGGAGCCUGCUGGAGUCCUAUGGUUGAAACCAGAUCUGAGGAAGUAUUCCUGUCAGCUCACAAUUGACACAAACACAGUGAACAGAAAGCUGAAACUGUCUGAAGGCAACAGGAAGUUGACACGUGGGGAGGAGCUUCAAUCAUAUCCUGAUCAUCCAGACAGAUUUGAUGUUCCUCAGCUGCUGUGUAGUGAUGGUCUGACUGGUCGCUGUUACUGGGAGGUUGAGUGGAGAGGGGAAGUUUUUAUAUCAGUGAGUUACAGAAGAAUCAGGAGGAAAGGAGACAGAGAUGAUUGUUGGUUUGGAUAUAAUGAUCAGUCCUGGAGUCUUAGCUGCUCUGAUGAUGGUUACUAUGUCUGGCACAAUAACCAGAGAAAACCCUGCUCCUCCUCAUCACUCUCCUCUGAUUCUAACAGAGUAGCAGUGUAUGUGGACUAUCUUGCUGGCAUUCUGUCCUUCUACAUAGUCUCCUCUGUGCCGAUCCACUUGCACACCUUCAAAACCACAUUCACUAACCCUCUUUAUCCUGGAUUCAGAAUCAGUUCUGAUUCCUCUGUGUUUCUGUGUUGAGUAUAGUCUCCCCUUGUUAGAGAAACAAUCUCACUGUUGAUGUCUCUUUCACUCAGAAACAUUUUCAUAUUCACUCGGUUUGUUUCUGAAACUUUUGUUUCAUCUUCCUUGUAAACUUCAUCCUUUUCCAAUCCUUUAAAGUUGGAAGUUGGGAUUACUCCAGCAUUCAAAGAUUUUGUUCUGUUUGCCGUGAAAGCUUCAUUUAGGGUUUUUCUAGCAAUGUGCUUCCUGUGCUAUACCAAGGUUGCUGCUAGAGUUGAUUCUUUACUGGCUCUGUACGACUCUUCCAGUAAAUGUUUGAUCCUGGUUCUUAAUCUCACCAUCUGAAGACGUUUUUACAUUUCUAUCUACAAUCUUUUCUGUCAUGGUUCUUGUUUGUGUCACUAAUGUAGUUUUUCUUUAUUUGAUCUGAACAGUUUUGUACUUUAGUCCCAGAUAAACAGACUGCCUCCUCAGGAUCUGUGGGUUGUGAAGCUCAGGGUUUCUGGAACUGAUUUGUGAUAAAAAAUGAUGACAUGAGUGGAGCUGCUGUUUUACCUGCCCAGAUGGUUGUUCAGUUCCUCACUGUUAGUAUCUGCUAUGUUUUAAUGAGCCAGAUCAGUUCACAAUAUGACUUCUGAUGAGACUGUUCCUAAAGAAGAAUCAUUCCAGACCAUCUGUGGCUGAACUGCAGAUGAUGGAAAUGUGAAUAUUGGAGAAUAAAACAGCAUUUGCUACCA